GCCACGGUAAGCCCCGGGUUGGCCGCAGAGGUGGUGGGCAGCGAGCGGGUAUGAGCGCGUCCCUGAGCCGGGCGGCGGCGGCUCUGCUGCGCUGGGGGCGCGGUGCGGUCGGCGGGGGCCUGCCAGGGAUCGGCGUGCGGGCGGCGAGCACGGGCGGCCAGGCGGAGCAGCUGGACGCGCUGGUGAAGAAGGACAAGGUGGUGGUGUUCCUCAAGGGGACGCCCGAGCAGCCCCAGUGCGGCUUCAGCAACGCCGUGGUGCAGAUCCUGCGACUGCACGGCGUCCGAGACUACGCGGCCUACAACGUGCUGGACGACCCGGAGCUGCGGCAAGGUAUUAAAGACUAUUCCAACUGGCCUACCAUCCCGCAAGUGUACCUCAAUGGCGAGUUUGUGGGGGGCUGUGACAUCCUUCUGCAGAUGCACCAGAAUGGAGACCUGGUGGAGGAACUGAAAAAGCUGGGGAUCCGCUCUGCUCUGAUAGAUGAGAAGAACCAAGACUCGAAGUGAGGGCUCCAGUCCUUGCCGAGCAGAGUGCCCUCUCCAUCACAUUUGCUGCCAGAAAAGCCUUACCGAGUCAUGUGCUGUUGCUGAGCGCUUGCACUUGGCCUCCUGGCUUGCAAGCAGGCUGGUGCUUUUCCUUGGUUUUUGGCUCAGAUUACCCCAGGGUGAACUUCCUUCCAACCACUGCUCUGUAAAUCAGCGUUGUAAUCUGGCGUUGCUGAUUAUAUCGUCUUUUACUCUCUGCCUGGUUCCGGGGUCAUUCCUGACUCUUGUACGCGGGUUGGGUUAUAAAGAUGGCAAACCCCCCUGAUGUUUUUGUAACUUCUUCUAGAAGGGAAAAAUAAUGAACAGAGAAGAAAAUGUGAUGGCUGGAGUGUUGUUGUUUUUUAAAUAAAUUGCCAACACAGA